AUGACCGUCUCGAGAGCUCUCCAUGCGCUCGCAGUGGUCUGCCUCGUCGGGCUCGGGGGCUUGGCCGGUGGAUCUCGAGCUCAAGCUACGACGGAACCUUCAGAAGGUAAAAAGGCUCUCUCUCUCUCUCUCUCUCUCUCUCUCUCUCUCUCUCUCUCUCUACUGUUACUCUCUCCACACUCCUCUCCUUCCUCAAUUCUGACGAGUACCCAGUUGAUUCUGCAACCGAAUUUCCCUCCACCAUGACACCUCUUUCUUCCCCGACCGACUUCGCCGCCAAUUUUCCUACUCUCUCUCUCUCUACUGUUAAUCUUUCCGCAUUCCUCUCCUACCUCAAUUCUGGCAAGUAGCCAGUUCAACCUGCAACCGAAUCUCCCCCACAUGAAGCCUCUUUCUUCAACGACUGAUCGUCGUCGCUAGUUUUCUAAGCUCUCUCUCUCUCUCUCUCUCUCUCUCUCGCUCUUUCUCAAGCUGCCGACUUCUUAGCAUUAAAAAAUACCGUGCUUGCCACUUGGGUAUUACAGAUAUUUCUUUAAAAAAAGGGUACUAUCCAAAAAUGAGAUCAUAUCCUGGUUCUCUCUUUCUCUCUCUCUCUCUCUCUCUCUCUCUACCCGCCGGCUUCUACCAUUAAAAAAAUACCCUGCUGACCAAUUGAGUAUGACAGAUAUUUUGCAAAAAAAGAGGUAUUAUCCAAAACAUGAGAUCAUAUCCUGGCUCUCUCUCUCUCUCUCUCUCUCUCUCUCUCUCUCUCUCUCUCUCUCUCUCAAGAACGCUUCCAAUUCACACGGAACAGCUUCUCCGAGCCUAGAAUCUCCCUACGGUGCUAUUUUUCUAAUAAGCUUUAUUGAAAGAUAUCUGCUUAUAAAUAUUAAUUGUUUGCAUACACUCGACGCGCGAAAUUGUUUGCAUCCAUAUUUUAAUUUAAUUAUAGGGUAAUUUGGAUAUUAUUUUAUUUUUACGGGUACUUUUAUAAUUCUGUUACUAUAUAAACCCCCCCCCCCCUUCCUUAUUCUCCUUUCCCCCCCCAUCCGACUUUUAAGUCUCUCCUCCCGCAGUGCAAGCGCUCAACUCCAUCUUGGGGCGAUGGGGCUUGAAGGCUUCCUCGCUGUGGAACAUCAGCGGCAACCCCUGCACAGGCAUUGCCAUCGACACGACCGACCACAACACCCCGUCCUUCAAUCCGGCCGUGAAAUGCGACUGCAGCUUCAACAACCAGACCACAUGCCAUAUCACCCAUUUGUAAGUCGAAUGAUUCUCCUCGAAAUCUCUUCACCCGAUGGUUCCACUUUUUUUUUUCUGGAGAAAAAAAAUCGUAUUGGAAUACUGUAAUCUGAGGGAACGAGUAAAAUACGCCCGUGUAUUUGGCAAAUCUUCCAGCAGUCGAUGCGACGACGUUCUGGUCGCAGAUUUUCUCUCCGGAUGAAUUUUUCAACGAUUUUUCCGCGCUCAUAUUUUUUUCUGCGGUGGUACUCACCGCAUUCGGGUUGUUUUCUUUCGGUUAAACGAGGAUGGGCAGAACAUGGCUUUAUAAUCCAGACUAAAGUAUGAUGACCAUAUAUGCAUGGUUCCUUAGCUCCUUCUUAGCCUGAAAUUCCUUAUCCAUGCAGGAAAGUAUAUGCCAAGGAUGUGACGGGGAGCAUCCCAGAGGAGUUCAGGAAUCUUACGUACCUCAGAAAUCUGUAUGUGGUACCCUCUUUUCUCUCGUGUCUAUCAAUGACAGAAAAAAACAGUAUCGCAAAUAAUUAGCAUAGUUUUUUAAUAUUUAAAAGAUGUUUUGUACAAAAUUUUAGAUAUGCAUGUCACAAUCUCAAAAUGCUUUGUGAAUAUAUAACCCUGUAACUGGAAAAGAAAUUUAUAGUGCCAUUACCCACCAGAACAAAUUUCUUUGACUUAGUGCUACCUUUCUCUACAAAAAUGGUGAAUUCGUUGAUAAAACUUGCAUCGAGCUGUGGGAUUUUCACUUAUGAGAUCCUACUUGCGGAUAUAGCGAGGAAAGGUUCAACAUCACAAGCAUCACGAGGUGAUUCCAUAGGAGUGCGUCCAUGACUAUGAUUUUAUAUGACUUUUUGAAUAAUUUUUUUCGAAGCUAAUGUAAUUAAAAGAGACGUUAUUAAGAUCUAGAAAAGGAAGAAACCUUGGGGAUUCAAUUGGUGUGUAUUGGACCACUUGACCCUCAUUUACAACAGUUGCAUAUGGCCUGCCAAUCUGAUUCUGUCUAUGGAAAUUUAACAUGUAGGAAUCAAUAUACUGCAGGGAAAUAAAUUUUACAUUUAUUUAUGCUAGAAUCAUGACCAGAGGACCAGAAGAGUCUUCAUUCAUAGUUCUAUUGUCUAUAUUUUAUUUUCAAGGAGUUCAAUUCAGAGGUACAAAAAAGAAUAUGAAAGAAAACUCAGAAAAGAACAUUGAUCGAAACCUAGAAUGGUGAUGUAAAUCUAUCAAUGGAGCUUCAUGGUCAGAAGAGCUUGGGUUUCCGGAUAGUUUUGGACAAGAUAUACAAUAAAAAAAAUUCAGAUGAACCAUUUAUCAAUGGCAACUGAAAUUUAUUUUCUUCCAACCUUUUGUUGUAAUAUAAAGCCUCGAAGCAACUCUCCUUUUUGCAUCGUUUUUCAUUUCAAUGGAAAUGAAUGAAAAAAAUAGAUGCGGAUAUUGUCUUCUGUACUAUGCACCAAACUGUAUUUUCUCUGCAAAUCGUCUUCCUAAUAAGCUUCCUGUUCUCACAAGAAAGGUAAAGGAAAUCCCCAGAGUUGGAUUGAGACUUGGGCACAACAGCACAAUUUAUUAUUCGUCAAUAGGAUAUGGGAUCUAUUCUCUACAUCUGAGAGCCAUUCGAACCAAAGUAGAACAGAUCCAUGAAACAGAUGGAAAGAGAUAUAUUUCUUAACUGAAAGUGGAAUAAUCCUUAAGGCUGCAUAACUUGAGCUAUGUAUGUUCUGAUUAUAAGUGUAAUUUUCAAUUUAUGCAAUUUUAUGGUUCAGAGAACUGCAAUUUUGUCUGAAGGGAUUUCACUGCCCUGAGAACCGAGACAUUAGAUCAUAAGUCUAUGAUUCUCGGUGGUGCACUGAGACAACUUCAAUUAAAUUGCAUAAAAUAUGUAGAAUCCUUAUACCCCAUCAUCAAUUGACUGAUGGCAUCUUUGUUAAAUUGAUCCCUGGUCCAUUAUAACGCAAAUUUCAUUCUUUCUGUAAUGGACUUCAGAAACUCUUAGGAUAUGAGAAUUCGAGUUAAACAUCAUGAUAUGCUUUCAACUUUGGCACGUACUUUUGUGACGCAUCCAGUGUGAAGACAACUUGGAAAGAAGUCUACCAGUAGUAGAACAUAUGAUGUAUGAUAACCUUAUUUGGAAAUUAGGAUACUGAUAUCCUAGAACCGAAUCUAGAAACCGAGAAGCAUAGAGCAGAAACAGACGGAGCCAUAAAGAAAAAUCAGAGGUGAACUAAAAGAAGAGGAGGAAACCCUAGAACAGGAUCGGGGGCGAGUUCAAGAGCUCCCCCAGCGCUCCUAAAUGAGUUUUCCACGAAAGUCCCCUCAUUUCCGGGCCCGCAGGGUUCUUAUACCCCAUCACCAAACUCGGCCGAGGCCUAUUUCUCACUGUUUUCCUGUGAGUUACCCUUUUCCUUUACAGAUAUAAGUUACCUGAAAACUGGGCCGGGUACUGGGCCCAUCGGACACAUGAUUAUGAAAUUGGGAUGGAAAAUACUGAUGCUUGCCCUAAGCCGGAAUAGAUUGAAAAUACCCUUACUAUGAUCUCCACUACCCAAAUAUAGAAAUUUAACACAGGGCAAGAGUGACUAUAUAAUUAAUUUUCAUGAGUUCUAAUGAAAUGUUCUUUCUGACGCAGUCGUCCGUCCCUGAAUGAAAUACUUUUCUGAUGUUAUUGUCCGUCAAUUGCAGGAACUUGGCACAAAAUUACCUAAGUGGACCUUUUCCAGCUUUUUUUGGAAAUCUUACUCUCAUGGAAUAUCUGUAAGUCAUCAUCGGAAUUGGUCUCUAAAUGUGUGUAGUGCUUAUUCCUUUUUCUUUAUUAUCUAAGGUCAUUGAUUUUUCCAUCAUCAUCAUUCAUAAACUUCUGACAAUUCACGGACCCUUAAGAUAGAAAGAUUCAAGGAUUCGCGCAUGAGUUUUGCUCAACAAUGGCUAGAACCAGGCACCUAGGUACUAAACCAUAGCCCUAAGAAGAGGAGGUAGCAAAUCUGUGAGUGCUAACUUUGGGACAAUGAUGAUUUCUUAGUGCCUACAAUGUGCACGGCUGCAUUACCUACCGAGAAAAAUAAAAAAAACACGAGCAUGUCAGCAAGGUAAAAACUUACGGAAAUAAUGACUAUGAAAAUAGUUAAUUGUAUAACUUAUUUAAAUGGGAAAAAAACUGAAAGAGCGGAAAGGAAGACUCUACGUACUGGGUUGACUUCUUUUUUUUUUAAUUCACAUCUUUAGUUUCUUUUCCACGAGUUUCUAUGGACAAUCAAGACUUUUAAUCUUAAUUUUUUUUAAAAAUAUAAGAUCCCUCUUUGUCCAGCUCAAAGUUUAAAUUUUUCCACGAGUUUCUAUGGACAAUUAAGUCUCACAUUUCCAUCCAAAUCGAUCCCUCUUUGUCCAGUUCAUUCAAAUAUGGAUGUGUAAUGCUUCUUUAUCUACUUAAUCGUUGGCCUUUUUCUGUUUCAUAAUUUUCAAGCAGCUUCAAUUCUUCUCUUUCUCUCCUUUUUCUUUACUGGGUACCAAUAGUAGUUCUGAUAAUUUUUUCAUGUAUUUGUAUGGCAAACCGUCACUAGGACUGUGGGUAUCAAUUCACUGUCUGGGUCCGUCCCGAAGGAGCUGGGAAAUCUUCGGAAUCUCAAAAUGCUGUAAGUUAUAUAUUACGCAGACGGUCUGACUGAACUCCGGGUUGUCUAUGAUAGAUAUCCCAGUGAAAUAUUUUUCAUGCUAGCUGGGUAUCUGAAUUUUCUAUUAAUUUCUGUUUUAUUGGGCCAUUCAUAUCACGCUGUCUUUCAGAUUUCCCAGACCCUUGGAAAUUAUCAUUGCAGACUCUAUAAAAUGGAUUUAAAUUUUGUUCAUGUCGAGACGAAGUCAUUAGUUGGUUUGCAAUAACUUUCAAUUGGACGAAGUUUUAAAAGAGAAACGGGAACCGUGAAGUGAAAGUGAAAAAUAGUCGCUUAGGGAGGACUUCAUAUUCUAAUGGAACCCUUAUUUAUUGCACGCCCGUAUAAUCUCUGUAAAGAUGGCACAAGAUCGGACUCACGUCAUGUUACUUUUACGAAUUAGUGUUAGAUCAUAACCUCUAGAACAAGAAGCAUAAAUGAAUCUGAAAACGAAGUUAGUCUGAUACUUUCUCCAUAAAGCAUUUGAGAUCCCAAACGAAUCAGGCCACACAAACCUUAGUACUCAAUGGUUCAUGUCGUGAAUCUGCAUGCCAACUCCCAAUAAUUCAUCUUAUGCUGACAUAGAGUUCUUGUAUUAAGAUGGCAUGAUAAACUUGUAGCCAGUUACGCUUAGAAGGUGCUCACUUAUCCAUGAGUCUACAGGGUUUCUUUCAACUUUUUUUCCAGACUCCUUUUUUGUAGUCUUCAUAUAUUUAAAUAAAAUCUAUAACUUAAAAACUAAUCAUCUCUUAGGGAUAUUCUUGAGACUUUUGGGGUGCUUUUAUUUCAUUUUACCCCAUGGAAGGCAAGCGUGCUGGAAAAAUGCCAAUAAAUUGUAGUGGGGGUCUGAUAUUCAAAAGAAAAGUGAGCAAUGGAGUUGAUAUCAAUCCACUAGGGUGUAGAAACUUUUUUUCUUUCUUAUGCAAAAUUAAUCGACCUUGUAGGUCAUGGAAUGAAUUUAUGUUCGUUUUCCUAAGAUAGAUAAAGUUUCUGCCCACAAAUUUCACAUGGUCAACGACGAUUUCUUAUAUAUCACAAUAUCUCAUGUCUAAGAUGCCUCCAUAUGUCAAACGACUAACCUACUGGUACAGAUUGCUUACUACAGUAUCAACCUACUAAUUCUCAAAUUGCUUUUUGUCCGCAAAUUUUUUUGCCAAGCGAAUGAAAAAUAAUGUCAUUUUUAUCCAUCUAACCUUUUUCUCUAUAAAUGCAUGUCCGCUUUGGCUAGAAGAACCUGUCUCAGACCUGUACCUAUAAACAACCAUACAUGGACAGAAGCGAUUAUCACUGGACAACGCUUGUUAUGAGGAAAUAUAUGCUAGCCUUGCCCAAUGAUCAUGGCUUCUAUCUAUGAUAGGAUUGUUUGUAGAUAGAGGUCUAAGACAAAUUCCUUCUGUUCAGAAGUUCGUCUGCCGUUUUAAACAUUACAAUGAUUGGAAUGCAUUGUUGCACACUUGCAGCUGCUGACCCAGCUUUUGUUAUCUAUCUUUUUACAGGAGCUGUGGCAGCAAUAGGUUCACUGGGCCACUACCCCCAGAGUUAGGGAAUUUGACAGAGAUGGAGCAGUUGUCAGUUUCUCCUUCUCAACACAUUUAUUGAUUAGAUGAUGAAUUUUAGUUCCUUGGAAAAAUAUUUCGGCUGUCAGUUUUCUAUUGCAACUUUUCUAUUCCAGUUAGCAAACGACUGAUAUUAGCUAAUGCUUUGGUUAGGAGUACACACUAUGUUAUUCUAUCUGUGGAAAAAUCAACCGGAAUGAUGCACUUUUUGAUACUAUUGUCUUUGAGCAGGUACAUUGCUAGUGCAGGGGUGAGCGGUCAGAUACCAUCGUCAUUCUCAAAUCUUAGAAAACUGAAAAUUGUGUACGUUGAACACUUACAUGUGGAUUCAGUAAAAAUAAAAACCAAGUUAUGACCAUUUUUUUGCAUGUUUAGGUGGGCCUCUGACAAUAAUUUCACUGGAAAAAUACCUGACUUCAUUGGGAAUUGGACAGACCUCAACACUCUGUAAGAUUUUGCUGGAUGAUGUUCUUUCAAUUAUUAACGUGACUAACGCAUGUGAAUGAAGUGAAACCUUUAUCUUGCUGCAAAUGUAUGCUACCAAGCCUCAUCCCCACUUCAGGUUAUUGCACUGUGCAAAUUGAGCUUGCUAGCAUUAUUGCAAUUUGAUAUGUGCACUAUUUGAUCAUAUAGAUGUUUUUAUUGAUGUUAACAACAUAGUGGCCUGCACUUUCUCUCGAUUUUAUAUUAUUGUUAGGAUCUAACUUGAAAGUCAGAAUUUGGCUAUCUGGGGUUAUUGCACCAAUAUCAUCUAGAAUUGUGUUUCCUUAGGCACGGCUUCCGAUAGACAAGAAGAACACCUUUAUUAAAACUCUUCAAGCCAUGAAGAAUCAUUCGUUGGCACUGGCAGGAAACUAAUGGGGUUGCCCCAUACAUAGUUGCAUCGAUUUUCUAUUGAAGUUCAAUGGUUCGUCGGAAGGGUCAUCUUCCCUUGUCUACUCCAGUGAAAUCUGACAUAAUCUCAUUGUCCAAGUUCCUAAAAGUAGUGAGAAUUAUCCUGCCUCCUUACUUUUCAGAUCUUUUCCACACCUUCCAGUGCACGUCAAUUCCAGAAAAUCAUUAUUUCUUCCUACAUUUCUACUUUUAGUGAAACCAUACCUUUAGUUACCUGAAGUUUUAUCUCCCUGAUAAUCUCCCAUUCCUAAUCCUCGCUUUUUGUCUCCAGAAGAAAUCUAUCCUUGUGCUCCUCACUCGUGCCUUUGCUAAACUCGGCUCUUGUGUCUUUUUAUUUGAAAUCCAGGCUCUGUCAUAUCUGAAGAUCCUAUUUAUGAUUGAGAAAUUAUGGCGCUGCAUCAUCUAACCUAAUGCGAAGGGUAGUACAUAAUGGGGACAGUACAGAAUCGCCAGCCAGAGUCGCAUUGUUAAUUUAUAAAUAAAAAGAUCCUGCAAAGAGACGUGGAUCGUAGAAGGGUAAAGAAGUGAUUGUGCAAUAUAAUUCUACAUAUAUAUGAGGGCAUGGACUUGCCAGAAGCCAAGAAUUGUCCAUUGCACUCGUCAGCAUUGACAAAAAUUCCCAAUCAUUCUAAAUCUAGCGCAGUUAAAGCUUUGUGACUGAUGACCUUCACAGAAUAAAACCAAUCGCGGCAACUAUGUUCUCAUGAUGAGGCGUUGAUCACCCUAACUUCAUGUGUGGUCGCAACAUUUUAUCAUGUUUUAUUAUUACAUUCCCAUAGAGAUGGAAGGCUCAACAUAUCCAUCAGGAAACUGAUAUCUGAUGAUAAAUAACCCUAUUUUUUUUAGAUUACCACGUUCCUUGUAUGAAUUCUCACUACCCACUUUGGUCCUUAACCCUCUAAUCUUCUUGUAGGAGGUUUCAGGGUAACUCCUUCCAAGGCCCAGUGCCCUCUAGCUUUUCCAACCUCACCAAGAUGAAUGAUCUGUGAGUGGUUUUCUGCAUUACAGAUAAUUUAUCAAUAAUAACUCUGAUAGAUAUGCCCACUGUAAAAUGCAGGAGAAUAGGGGAUUUGGUGGAAGGGAGCUUGUCGUUGGAUUUUAUUCGGAACAUGAAAAAUCUAUCCAUUCUGUGAGACCCUACACCUUCAACCCAUUUAAUGAAAAAGCAAAUAUUUUUCGGGCACUUGGUAGCAAUCUACUCAUUAUCUGUUCAGGAUAUUAAGGAACAGCAAAAUAUCUGCUACGAUUCCUUCCAACAUUCAGGAAUACACACGUUUGGGGAUUCUGUGAGUUGUUCAUUCCAAAGUCUUGUUAAAAUAAUUUGUCUGAUUCUCAAAGCGACAGUGGGAACGAUUGCUUGUGUUUUUUAUCCAAGUUUGGUUUUUUUUUUCCCUCGAAUCCGAAUAGGGACUUGAGCUUCAACAAUCUAACGGGUCCAAUUCCACAAUCGCUCUUCAGUUUACCUUCACUCGCAUACCUGUAAGAAAAUUUACUUUCCUCAAAAUGGAAAAUGCCUGUUUUCAAGAAUUUCAUAUUUCAUAUCCAUAAUUAUCCUGUAUGUCUCAUGUUGUUCUUACUCACAGGUUCCUUGGGAACAACAGCCUCUCUGGUAGCCUGCCAUCUGUGAAGAGCUCCACCCUGAAAAAUAUGUGGGUUUGUAUGCGCUAAAUUUACUGUAUUCAUUUAUCAUUUACUACGACAUUUGCAAAAUUCAUGAUCUUAGCCAAAUGUUUAGCCCAUGGCCUACAUGGUUAGUUGGUUGAGUCGGAUAAAAUUUGGUUCUUGUUGAUCUGUUUUCAAAUGGGCAAAUCCCAUUCCGUAUAUUUUAUACAUAGAUACAUACAUUUAUGCGUGCAUCCAUCCAUGCUUGCAGUGUUGAUCUGUUUUUAAGUGGGCAAACCCCUUUCCGGAUGUUUAUACAUACAUACAUGCAUCCAUGCAUACAUACAUCCAUGUGUGCAUAAAUAUACAUACGCAUCUUGAUUGUUGGCUGAUCCAUAUUCAAUGGUGCCACAUAGUUUUUGUCCUAAAAGUUGAUUCCACGCAGUUGAGAAUGUGGGUUGUUUCCCUUGCAGUGAUCUGUCCUACAAUUAUCUCUCUGGAGGAAUACCGGGAUGGAUCGACGAAGAAAACCUGCAACUGUAAGUCUGAGAAUGAUAAAUCCCUCUCUCACGAGGACACUCAGAGGCUUCCCUGAUUCUGAAGUUUCUUGACUACCAUGCCCAUGAUUUCUCCCGGCAUCUGUUUGCCCUGCCUUCCAUCUGAUGCCAUGGAAACUCAUGAUUUUCUGAAAGAGUGAAAUGCACUCUUUUAUUCAUCAUAUAUCUAUCAUUUCCUCGGAAAUCCAUGAUUUUCGCUUUGCAGAAUGGAAAUAUUUCAGUUGUGAAGUUGCUUAAUCAAAUUCCUUCCUUCCACAUUGCCCUAUUGCAGAAACUUGGUGGCCAACAACUUCGUGAUCGAUAGCUCGAACACCAGGUGCUCAACCAACCCUCUCUCUCUCUCUCUCUCUCUCUCUCUCCCCUACUCGUUUCAUCUACUCAAAUACCUGGCCGGACAGUGUCCCCGCAGGGUUGAACUGCCUGCAGCGGGGUUGGCCAUGCAAUCGCGGCUCUCCUCUAUGUAAGUCCUCCAAUUUAGCCUCUCUCUCUCUCUCUCUCUCUCUCUCUCUCUCUCUAAAAUUCGACCCGCAGACUACUCGUUCGGCAUCAACUGCGGCGGUGUGAGGAGCAUCGCCGCCUCCGACGGAAUCCUGUACGAAGCCGAUGGGGCGACCCUGACCACGGCCUCCUCCUUCGUCACCGACUCCCAGAAGUGGGGAGUCAGCACCGUUGGCUUGUUCGUGAACUCCCCCAACGUGAGCUACGUGGAGAACAGCCUCUCCCAGUUCACCAACACCUUCGACUCCGAGCUUUUCCAGUCCACCAGGCUCUCGCCCUCCUCUCUCAGAUACUACGGCCUCGGCCUGGAGAACGGGAACUACACGGUGAAGCUCCAAUUCGCAGAGACCGCCUACCCUGAUUCCCCCGUCUGGCAGAGCAACGGUCGCCGGGUCUUCGACAUCUACAUCCAGGUUCCUCUCUCUCUCUCUCUCUCUCUCUCUCUCUCUCUCUCUCUCUCCUUCUCUCUCUCUCUCUCUCUCUCUACUCUAUCUCUCUUUGUCAUCGUUUCUCUCUCUACCAGGGGGUGCGGGUGGAGAAAGACUUCAACAUAAAGCAGGAAGCUGGUGGGGUCUCACUCGACGCGGUGGCGAAGCAGUACACGGCGGCGGUGACCAGCAACUUCCUCGAGGUCCACCUCUUCUGGUCCGGGAGAGGCACCUGCUGCAUCCCCCGGCAGGGAUAUUACGGCCCCGCCAUCUCCGCCAUCAGCUUGUCUCCGUUCGGUAAAUUCAAAACAUGAGAAGAAGAAGAAAUGCUUUUUAUGUCUUAAAAAAGUUUGACUUUUUUUGACGGCGGAUUUUGCGUCGUCUCCUGACUUUUUUGGGGAUGUUCGUUCUUCAGAUUUCGAGCCGACGGUCAGCAAUCGCCCGCUGGGGUCAACGUCGAGGAAGAACAAGUACAAGAUUCUGAUUGGUGGGACCGUAGGAGGCGCCGCGGUGGUGUUCUUUUUGCUUCUCUUCGGGUGUCUGAAAUGGGUGCAGAUUAGGAGGAGGAAGUCAACUCUGCAGGACGAUGCCGGUACGUUCUUUCUUUCUUUCUUCUUCUUCUCCAAAAUGUCAACGGAUUGAACGAAACGUCAACGGCUUACUCUACAGAUUUCCAAGAUAUAAGUGAUCGGCCGCACACGUUCAGCUACGCCGAGCUGAGGGAUGCGACAGGCGACUUCAACGCCGAGAAUAAGCUCGGUGAGGGCGGCUUCGGCCCCGUCUACAAGGUAUAGCGACUAGAAGAAGAAGAAGAAAGAAAGGAGAGAGAGGAAGAAGAAGUCGAGAGAGAGAGAGAGAGAGAAGAAGAAGAAGAAGAACGGUGGGCAAGCUCAUGGCCAUGGCCUGAUCGCCUUCCUUCCGCUUGGAUGGUCUCAGGGGAAGCUCCCCGACGGGAGGACGGUGGCCGUGAAGCAGCUCUCGGUGACGUCACACCAGGGGAAGCGGCAGUUCCUGGCGGAGAUUUCCAUCAUCUCCGCCGUGCAGCAUCGGAACCUCGUGAAGCUCCUCGGCUGCUGCUUCGAGAAGGAGAAGCGGCUCCUCGUCUACGAGUACCUCGAGAACAACAGCCUCGAUCGAGCCCUCUUCGGUAACCCUAAUCACCUCCUUCUUCUUCUUCCUUCGUUUUCUUCUCUUCUUCCGGAACCGACGACCGGCGUGUGGGCGGCGGCGGCGCCGGAGUUGCAGGGAGCAGCGGGGGGGGGUUGCAGCUGGACUGGGCGGUGCGGUACGAGAUCUGCGUGGGGAUGGCGAGGGGACUGGCGUACCUGCACGAAGAAUCGCGACUGAGGAUCGUCCACAGGGACGUGAAGCCCAGCAACGUCCUCCUCGACGGCGAUCUGAACCCUAAGAUCUCCGACUUCGGCCUCGCCAAGCUCUACGACGAGAAGAUGACCCACAUUACCACCAGGAUCGCGGGAACCAUGUGAGUCAGGCAGAAGCAGUCUCCUUCAAUGCAGCUCGUCUCUCUGAGACAAUCUUCUCUCUCUCUCUCUCCCUCUAUUCACAUCAUCAUCUUCAUCUUCUUCUUCUUCUUCUUCUUCUUCUUCCUGCUCUUCCUCUCUAGCUCGUCCAUCUGUCAAGUUAUCCAUCUCUCUGUCUUGUCUGGUUUCUGCAGCGGGUACCUGGCGCCGGAGUACGCCAUGACGGGGCAUCUGACGGAGAAGGUGGACGUCUUUGCCUUCGGCGUCGUCGUCCUCGAGAUCCUCUCCGGCAGGCCCAACGCCGCCCUGGACGAGCACGGCAACAGGGUUUACCUCCUUGAAUGGGUCAGCCCUCUCCCUCCCUAGACUCUCUCUCUCCUCUAGACCCUCUAUAGACUCUCUCAAGACCCUCUCUCCGGUUCUUUGUUUGCGGCGCAGGUGUGGAAUCUGCGGGAGAGCAAGAGCGAGAGCGUGCUAGACAUGAUGGACCCAAGUCUGUCGUGGUACAACGAAGAAGAAGCGGCUCGACUGGUGGCGGUGGCGCUGCUGUGCACGCAGGCGCCGCCGGUGCUCCGCCCGGCGAUGUCGCGGGUCGGCGCUAUGCUCGCCGGGGACGCCGAGGUGGACGAGGUCGCCGCUAAGCCCGGCUACCUCAGGGCACUCGAGUUCGGCGACCUCAGUAGCUCCUACACGGCCACCACCACCAGUACUCCGCCCGCCGGCGGCGGCGGUGGUGUUACUUCGAUCAGCACGUCAACAACCGGGCCGCCGUCUCCGUUGCCGAUCUCCCCCUCCGGUGGCCACACUCUCAUUUAG